AUGGCAAAUGAGCAACACUCGUCACAAUGCCACCUCGAACCUAUCGACCUCAAUCAAGAGACUCAGUUCACCGAGCUCCAAAGACAGCGAACUCUCUGUGGCUGGGACUACGAGCAGCAAACCCUACAAUCAUGGAAAGAGAACACGAACACCAAAAAGCUUUUCUGGAUCACAAUUCCCGAUCCCGAAGAUAAAGACAAGUCUAUUCGCGCGGGCCAUAUAUCCCUCGACCCGUCAUCUGGUAUCCUCCAACCCGGUUUACUACAAGACGACGAGAUCGACCUCACCCUGAAGACCUUCUUCAUAUCACCCGAACACCGAGCUCUUAAACUCGGAAAGAAGGCGGUGCAGUUACUCGAAAAUUUGGCAAUCAAUAAGCCGCACGGUGAUCCACGCUGUCGUUAUCUCACGCUGUGUGCUAUAAGCAAGAGAUACGUAUACGAUGAGGAGUGCCGAGGGUUGUGGUCGAAAGUUGGGAUGGCCGAGCCACCAUUCAGUAUCCAGGAGUGGUAUGAGAAACUCGGUUAUGUCACAUGGAAGGAGAUGCCAUUGACCGAGGCAACUUCUUUGGAUGGCGAGGUUUUUCGGGUGUGGGAGGCGUUGAUGAGGAAGGACCUACGAGAGAACUUGAAUUUAUAA